AUGAGAUCAUCUGACCACUUAAAUUGAUUUUCACUGUUUAUUUUUGGCAACACUAAAGACUUCCUCAAAAGGCCAUGGAUGCCAGCUCAAUACCUCAGAUUAAUAUAGAGGACUGUGAUGGCCUUGAGGUCGCCCCAGAUGAUCAUUUGAGAAACCUGAAAGCACUGACUGAGAAGCUCAGGCUUGAGACCAGAAGGCCGUCCUAUCUUGAGUGGAAGGAACAAGUGGAAGCUCAAAGCUCCAAAGGCUUAGCCGUGUCAGAGGGCUCAUCAGAGCUGGAGAAAGGUGCUGGACUGAAGCCUGACGUCACACCUCAGAAUUCCCAAGUGACUGCAGGAAAUGCUCUGAUUUCUAGAAACCUUGGAGGAUUUGAUAAUAUCGAUGAAGCUCUGGUUUGGCUUAGAAAAGAACUGAUGGAGAUGCGCAUCCAGGACCAGCAGUUGGCCCGCCAACUUAUGCGACUACGCGGUGACAUCAACAAACUCAAGGUGGAGCAGACGUGUCACCUGCAUCGCCGGAUGCUCAACGACGCCACCUUUGGCCUGGAGGAGCGUGACGAGCUGUCGGAUCUUCUGUGUGAUGGGCCCGUCACUCCAGGGUUUGGACUCUCUUCACCACUGCGCCUCAUUGGUGUCACCAAGAUGAACAUCAACUCCAGACGCUUUUCCCUUUGCUAGCCAUUUAACGUGUGACCCAACUGCGAAAGAAAAGAAUUAGGGACUCAAAAAGUGAAUGAUCUUAGACAACUGUUUUGGAACCCAAGAGAACUGUUGUCACAGAACAUCCUGUGCCUCUUGCUCUAUGUUCUUGUGCCAGUGAAACCUUUUCAGUUAAUCAAAUGAACAAUAGACAAUGACUUCUAAAAAAAUGUCUGAUCCACUAGCCAUGGCUCUAUGCCUUAGAUACAGUCCUUGUUGUGGUCAUGAGAUAUCAAAUGAUGUUGCUUAUACCACACACAUGCUCUGUUUCAAAACCUUGUAAACUAUCAAAAGCGUAAAGACUGUUCCAAUAUAGGCAUCUUAAUUAUAGUGCCUCCA